UAUUUUGGUUACAUUAAGUCACUAUGUCAACAAUUAUUUUAUUCACACUAAAAUAUUGUGUUUCGUAGUAAGACUGCUAGGGGCAAUUUAUUAAAUCACAAGGUUUAGACAAAUAAAUACAUAUAGAAGUAUAUAUAAAACAAUAAGGAAAAUGACUCAAUAGCUUACACAAUAGCAUAUUAUAUUUGUAUUGUAGCUUACAGCAAACUGCCAAUGCUUUUCUCAAUAAUUUACUUUAAAUGUAGAAACAGCAUUUUGCUAUAUUUGCAAAAACAGUAGCCAGUUUUAAAUUUCACCAAUGCUAAGACAUAGUUAAUUUUACAGCAACUUGCUGGCAACCUUCUUUACUGUUUUUUAAUAAACAGUAGCCAACUGUAAUUUUAACCAACAGUAAGACACCAUUAAUUUUACAGUUACUUGCUGGCAACCAUGCUGCCAGUUCUUUACUGUUUUUUUUAACUGUGAAAUUUCUAACAGUGUAUAGAGCUUUUACAAAUUUGCAGAGGUAAGCAGUUGGUGUAUGAUAUUUUGUCAUGAUUAAAAAUGUAAUAUUUAGUUUAAUAUAUACUUUAAUUUAAAAUCAUUUUAUUUUUGCAGUCCCUACAGUGUCUUGCAGAAUUUUGAUAGAGGGGACUUUCUUUCUGCUGACUUGCACACUGAUCAGCACAGGAAAUCUUCAACCCUUCAGAUGGAAACGGCACCGAGAUGGUACUUUCUGACAUUACAAUGAGCUCCACAAGUGAUUACUAUACUCGUGUUUUUUCAGUGAACUCCACAGAUGACUACGACUACUAUACCCCUGUCGAGAAUGAUUCAGUAUUUUUGCCUAUGUCCGAUAUCUACAUUCCUGUGCUGUACUUCAUCAUGUUCUUCACUGGCUUCUCGGGGAACCUGUUUGUCAUUGUGGUCAUCGGCAAACGGCGCAAGAAAAACGGACGGCUUGUGGACACCUUUGUGAUAAAUCUGGCAUUAGCCGACCUUGUCUUUGUCUUCACGCUGCCUUUGUGGGCGGUUUCGGCCCAUUAUGAUGAGUGGCCCUUCGGUGAGACCUUGUGCAAGAUCAGCAGCUUCAUCAUUGCGGUCAACCGCUUUUCCAACAUCUUCUUCCUCACAUGCAUGAGUGUAGACCGUUACCUGGCUGUGGUGCGUCUCAUGGACUCUCAGUUUCUGCGGAGUAGUAACUGUGCGCAGAUCACCUGUGGUGUCGUGUGGAUUAUUUCUUUCUUCCUGGGAAUUCCAUCGUUGGUGUACCGUCAGCUGAAAGACAAUACCGUGUGUUCGGAGGAUUUGAAAUCCUCUUUUGUCCAAGGAAUGAAUCUCCUGACAAUAUUUCUAACCUUCCUGCUCCCAGUACUGAUUCUCUCCCUCUGUUAUGGGUCAAUUUUGGUUAACCUGCGGCGUCACAGUCACACCGCCGCAAACUCUCGUGCAGAAGCCAGAAGACGUAAUUCGGUCAAAAUCGUGUUUGCCAUCAUUUUGGCCUUUCUGGUCUCCUGGCUGCCCUUCAAUUUGUUCAAGGCCGUCCAGGUCAUCGUAAUGAUGUGCAUGGGAGAUCUUAGCAGAGAAACAAGAGAGAUCAUACUUAGUGGACUCACGCUCUCCUGCUGCCUGGCUUUUCUCAACAGUUGUGUAAAUCCAGCCAUCUAUUUCUUUUUGGAUCAGCAUUUCAGGCGCAGAGCUUCAAUACUGUGUCUAAGCUGCCUGGGUCGAGGAGACCUGCACCAGACUUAUAUCUCCUCUAAUUCUCUCUCUAAUGGCACAUCUGAGUCUUAUUCUGGAAAUACAUCAACCCGUGGACGGCUUUUCUCAUUUACUAUAAAGGACUGAAACCUGCUUUUCUGUUUGCUGUUUUCAGAAUGCUCUCUUUCUUUAUCAGUGAAAUUAUCAAAUAAAGCUGACAUUAAGAUCUUCAGUUUUAAGCAUUUGCUAAAAUGAGAUAUCAUUUAGAGCAUUUAAAGUGAACAUUUUUGAGCAAUGUUCUAUACAUUUCCAUAUUUAAUUUCCCAUAUUGAUUAUGUAAAUAUCACGUAGUAUACAAGAUUAAUUUUUGUUAUGUACACAUUUUGACAGUAUUCAAUAAUUUAAAAAGCAUUAUUAAUCUACUUGGUCAUUGUGUAGCAAUUAAGUGACAAUUGUGAAUAUUCAGACUUUAUUAUGUUCAUCCUCUUCUAGCAACUUUAAAACAAAUGCUUUCUUUUUUUUAUAUUUACUUGUGUAUAACAGCGUAAUAAAAAAUUGUGUAUAUUUUUGCUUUUAUUUUAUAUAAUUCUUGAGCAAUGGUCUAUACAUUUCUAUAUUUACUUUCCUACGUAAAAAUAGAUGAUGUGUUGGUGAACAUAUUGCUUAGUGUAGAAGAUUAAUUAAAAUGAUUUGCAAGCAGUUAAAGCAUUUAUAUACAUAUUUUGACAGUAAUCUUAAAUCAUCUAGAAAGCAUCAUUAAUCUGCAUGGUCAUUAUUCCUAUAUACAACUUUCAAAUAAAUGGUUCCUUUUUUUAUAUUUACUUGUGUAUGUAUGUAAUGAAAUUUCUUACAGUUAUCAAAGUCUCUUUCAAUUUUAUUAAGUAUAUUGUAGUUUAAACAAAAAACGUGAAUCACUAUAUAUGCAAACUCUUAAAUUCUAAUAGUUUUGAGAAACAUUUUUUUCAGCCUAUAUCUCUAAUUAUAGAGCAAAAUCGCCUACCGGAUGUGGUUUUAGAAUGUAAGUUUUGAUUAUUCUGGAGAAAUGUACUUAUGAGUAUAUGAGCUCCAGUGCAGUUCCUCUUCAGAAAUGAAUCACGUGGCAAGUUUUGAAAUAAAAUGACCCUCAUAUGUACCGCUCAAAAUACAAACUUAAGUCACAACUUUCCUCUUUGAAAAAACUAAAUAAUACUUUAAUGUGAAAUACAUGGGGAGAAAAGCUGCCCCAAAACAAGACACUGACAGUGGACCAGCUACACAAAAAUCUUUCCAUUGCCGUGUGUUGCCUUCCACUGUGAAAUAAAUUAUUAAAUAAAAUAAAAUAAAAAAUAUAUAAUUGUAUUUAAAACAAUUCAAAAAUAAAACUGAAAUAAAUGGUCAGUCUCUAGGUAAUGAAGUCAGUUAAAUUGUUGCCAGAACAAGUGAUUCAUUUCAGUAACUGAGUGGGAUGUUUCUGAAAGUUCGAUGUUUCAACUUUUACAUAAACUCUAAGUGAUGCCAUC